AUGGGCCACCAUACUCCUUCGAACAUUUUGGUCGUGGGACCCUCCAACUGUGGAAAGACCACCUUCCUAAAACGUCUCUUAUUGGAAAAUGAGGACCUUCUCGCCACGCCCUCCAGAAGAAUCGUCUACUGUUACGGGUCGUGGCAACCGACCUUUGACAUCCUAAAAAAGGAAGGCGUGACGUUCCACGAAGGUGUACCUACCCACGAACAAUUGAAAGAAUGGUUUGGGGACAAAAAAGGGGGCCUCUUGAUCUUGGACGAUCUCAUGGCCGAAGGAGGAAACAACAAAGAUAUCCUAAAUCUCUUCACUCAGUAUUCGCAUCACAUGAACGUCACCGUGUUUUAUCUAUGUCAAGACAUGUUCCAUCGCGGAAAAUAUGCCAAGACCAUCUCUAGGAAUGCCCAAUACAUAGUGGCGUUCAAAAAUCCUAGGGACCAGGUGGCCUUGCGCACGCUCCUAUUUCAAAUGUAUCCCACGACUUGGAAAGACCCGUUGGAGCAAUAUAACGCAUGUACGGAAUGUCCCUUCAGUUAUUUAUUGUUGGAUGUACAUCCCGCUACUCCAGACAAUAGAAGAUUACUGAGUCACUUAUUG